GUCGUUAACUGCUGCGGGAGAAAGGGGCGCCGUGUACAGGGACGCCCAAGGUGCUAGACCUAUCCUACCAGGUUGUGAGCUGCUGGCAUGUAACAUUGCUCCGGGCAGCGUGGGGCAGGCCGCUUCCCAAGACUCUCAACAUAUCAACACAGGCUGACCAUGGUGGCGGCACACUUCACACUUCCUCCCUCUCACAGUUGAAUAGACAUUUGUGAACGUACAUGGAUUAUAUAUAGAUUUUAACCCCUUCACUCCGGCGACACCGACGUCCGACGAGCGUCCAACGGCGUCGUCACUGUAUGGAAAAGGGCACAGUGUAGCUAUCGCAGACAUGUCUGGAGAUGAAGCCGAGACACCAACAGGUCCAGUGGAAAAUGCUUGGGCCAUCAAAGUCCCCGAGUUCAAGAAGGGUGACAUGAAGAGUCACCUUCUGGAGGAGAGUUCUUUCUCUGUUAUCUUUCCCAAGUACCGAGAAAAAUAUCUUCGGGAGUGUUGGCCACUGCUGCAGAAAAGUUUGGAUGAGUAUGGCAUCAAGGCUGAACUGGACCUGAUUGAGGGUCGGAUGACGGUGCGCACCACAAGAAAGACGUGGGACCCCUACAUCAUAAUCAAGGCUCGAGACAUUAUUGUGCUGCUGGGCAGAUCAGUUCCUGUUGAACAGGCUGUCAAGAUUCUGAAAGACGAUGUCACCUAUGAGCUGGUUAAGAUCCGCAACAUGGUGAGAAACAAGGACCGCUUUGUGAAGCGGCGACAGCGGCUGGUUGGGGCCAACGGCACCACCCUUAAGGCACUGGAGCUGCUUACCAACUGUUAUGUGCUAGUCCAGGGUGCCACUGUGGCUGCCAUUGGCCCCCACAAGGGAGUGUUACAGGUGGUCCGUGUGGUGAAGGACACCAUGAACAACAUCCACCCGGUGUACCUCCUCAAGGCCCUCAUGAUCAAGAGACAGCUGAUGCAGGACCCCAACCUCAAGAAUGAAGACUGGUCGAGGUUCAUCCCCAACUUCACACCCAAGAAUGUAAAGAGGAAAAAGCCACUCAAGGUGAAGAAAACCAAGAAGGAGUACACACCGUUCCCCCCUGCCCCCACGGAGAGGAAGGUGGACAGGGAGAUGGCAGAGGGUAAGUUCUUCAUGGAUCAAGAAGAAAAAAAGAAAGCCAAAAAGAGGAAGAUUACAGAGGAAAUGAAAAAGGAAGCUGCAGACCGGCAAAAAGAGAAGAGGGCUAAAGCCUUUGUGGCCCCCGAGGAGCCCAAGUACAAGCCAGUCACUCCCAAGGUGAACACCCAGGUGGAUGUGGAGGCCCUCAAGAAGAAGAUCAAGAAGAAGAAGAAGGUGUAGUAUGUAGUGACCUCAUCACAGUGUAUUAACACUAUGUAAUGAAUUACUGUAUUUUGUAUGUAAUAAAAAUAUUCUGAAUA